CGGAAGAAGGGAGUCCCAGUCCCUUCUUGUUCCAAGAAGUGUAUGUAUAAAGAAUUUCCGCUUUAUUGGCUGACGACAUGGCCAUGGCGGAAAUUAAGUUGUCUCGAUUUCAUUAUGAUGAAAGAUCUCAACUUUGGCUGGAACCAUUCUCAGAGCUCAUCAAUGGCUUGUUCCCCAUAGAACAAGUGUAUGGAGACUGGAAUUGGUGGCAUGCUGAGAGAGAAGCAAGACUUUUAUUUAAUCCAGAAUCCCUCUGUUCUUCCUCUUCGUCUUACUUACCAACUGGUAGCCGAGCCGAGGGUUUUUGCAUUCCUCGGCUCCUGUAUUCAGAUCGUGAAGGAGAUGUUCCYUUACAUGAAAGGAAAUYCUGGACACCAGAUUUAGAUGAGAUGAAAGUUGAAGAAUGCUKCAUCGAGGAUGARAACAAUAAAUCAAUCGCUAUUUUCACACCAGAACACGUGUCAGAUGAUCCUAGGUAUGUGCAUCUAAGAUUCACCGACCAAUGGAAAGAGGCAAAACCCAGGUAUAAGAAUGCAGAAUUUGUCAACCAUACUUUUUUGGUACCCUCCAAUUGGUUUCCUGGUUUUGUUGGUCAAGGGUGGACAUACGAAAUGCAUGGUCCAGUGCGAAAACUUCAACGAGCACAGAACGAUUCUGGCUUUGUCGCCGGUAUUGAGGAAGACCAGACUGGCGUCUUUAAGUAUCCUUUAGCAUGGCCUAAAGAGGCAAUGGAGUGGAUUAUUCGCCCAAGACAGAAUGCCUGGCCAUCGCCUGAACUUCUUCAAAGUAUAMUUGAAUCGGGAUGUCACUUGGCUCCCGUUGGAAGAGGAAAGCGCCAGAAAGAGUUACUGGAGUACAUUGAUUAUGAUAAAAGCCCUGCGCAAGCAUCAACAUCUUCUAGAAAUGAUCAAGACAGCCAAGACCUGAGCAAAAUGGACGAAACUGAGUGGAGGUUGUCUUUCUCUGUUGCUAAAAACAAACUCGGCGAAAGUGUAUCUCCUGUGCAACGCCAUGUUCUCGUGUUCCUCAAAAUGAUCAAAAAGGUUUAUUUCCCAGACGUGAUAUCUUCAUAUCACUUGAAGAACUUACUAUUUUGGGAAAUUGAAAAGCAAGACAAGUCAUUUUGGAUGGAAAGUAAUAUGUCGAGCUGUUUGUUGUUAAUUCUGGAUCGAUUGCAAAAGAGUGUGGAAGAAGGUUAUCUCCCUCACUAUAUAAUCCCAACCAGCAACCUAUUCUGUUCAGAGGAUCCUUCUGAACUUACUCAAGCAGCUGCAGUCAUCUCUGACGUGAGAGUCAAUAUUUUGCCCAAAACGAUAAGCUUGCUGAAAAGAUGUUUUUCAAUGACUUAUCUCACACAAACGUUCAUGAAAGACCUGAAGGAUUUGGAAACGCUAGCUGAGAAACUACAUGACAAAUCGCUGAAAGAAGAUGACGUGGCUGAGCUAACGAGAUUGCUGCUUGGCGUCUUUAUCGAGAAGAGUGGAGAAGUGCUAGAGGCGAUUUACCAAAGUCAACCAGAAGAAGAACAGGAAAAUGCCGAAACGAUCAAGCAGAUGUUGCUUGUUCCUUUGAGUGCGUAUCAAUCACUUCUGGCAAGAAAUUUAUGUAAGGCAUGGUAUCUAAAACACAACAAAACCAAAGAAAACCCAUCAAGCCAUGAUUUUGUGUCAUUUGUAAAAGAUGAAGUGAAGAAAUUGCCCCUUGAUGACACGUUUUUUGACUUAACCAACUUGUAUUUCACGGAAGCCAGAGAAAAUAGAGAUAUGUCGCUUAUGAUUCCUUACACUUCUGCCAUGAAAAACACAAAGGAAUCUUACAGAAAAGUUGCAUGGAAGCAAGUUGGGGAUGCCCAGAACAAGUUAGACCAGGUAAUGGCAGGAAUUACCAAAACUGACCUGAAAGAAAUAUCAAAACGUCUUGAAGAAAAAUUUAAAUGUCAGCUGGACAGUGUGACGACUGAAGGUAUCAGAGCUGCAAUAGACGAAGAACUUCAAUUAUUAGUUUACAGGAAAAAGUUGUCAGGAAUGAUGGCUGAUUCUUGUACAAUAACUUAUCCUUCUGUACGGMGAGAUGAGACGAUUAUUGACGACUACCACGGCCACAAAGUUCCCGAUCCUUAUGCCUGGCUAGAAGACCCUGACUCCAAAGAAACGAAAGAGUUUGUCCAUGAAGAGAACGAAGUCACUACCAAGUAUUUGGCGGAGUGUGAUAUUCGAGAUCGCUUCAAAAACCGUAUGACUGAACUGUGGGACUAUCCCAAAUAUGGGUGUCCAUUCAAGGAAGGACCACGUUAUUUCUAUUUCUACAACUCAGGAUUACAAAACCAAAGCGUGAUGUAUGUCCAGAAUAGCCUCAAGGAAGAAGCCAAAGUGUUUUUAGAUCCAAAUAAACUCUCAGAUGAUGGGACAACUGCUCUUGCUGGCAGGACAUUCACUGAGGAUGGGGAACUGUUUGCUUAUUCACUAAGUGCAAAAGGAUCUGAUUGGGUUACUAUCAAGUUCAUGAAAGUGGAAGGAGCUGUUCAGCUGCCUGAUACUCUAGAAAAAGCCAAGUUCACAAGCAUGUCUUGGACCCAUGACAAUAAAGGAUUGUUUUACAAUCAAUAUCCCAACCAUACAACUAAAGCUGAUGGCACAGAAACAGACUCUAAUCUUGAUCAAAAGCUCUACUACCACUACCUGGGAACCAGUCAAAGUGAGGAUAUUUUAUGCUGUGAAUUUCCAGAAAAACCUAAGUGGCAAGUGGGAGGUCAAGUAAGUGAUUGUGGAAACUAUCUUCUAAUCACUCCAAGGGAAGGUUGUGAACCAGUGAAYAGGCUCUUUUAUUGUGACCUGAAAACUCUUGGUGCAAUCAAAGAAAAGCUACCCUAUGUUAAGRUUGUUGACAACUUUGAUGCUGAAUAUGAGUAUAUAACAAACCAAGGCACRAUGUUCACUUUCAAGACAAACCUGAACUCACCAAGAUACAAGUUGAUCAAUAUAGACUUGAACAACUACCAACAGGACAACUGGACAACCCUAAUACCACAGGAUGAUCUAGAUGUACUAGAGUGGGCUUCCUGUGUUAAGCAAAACUUGCUUGUACUGGGUUAUCUUCAUGAUGUCAAGAGUGUCCUUCACUUGCACAGUCUGGAAACUGGARAACGUCUCAUGACUUUUCCUCUUGACAUAGGCUCAGUUGUGGGAUUUUCAGGGCAUAAGCGCCAKUCUGAGAUAUUUUACCAAUUUACCUCUUUUCUCACCCCUGGAGUCAUAUACCAUUGUGACUUGGCAGAAGAAAAGCCUCARUCAAAGGUUUUUCGUGAAAUAGUUGUCAAAGGCUUUGAUUCCAGUUUGUAUCAAACGGACCAAGUGUUUUUCAAUAGYAAAGAUGGAACAAAGAUCCCAAUGUUUAUUGUUCACAAGAAGGGAAUCAGUCUGGACUCCAGUCAUCCUGCCUUCUUGUAUGGCUAUGGAGGGUUUAGUAUCUCAAUAACCCCGUCAUUYAGUGUGUCAAGGAUCAUGUUCAUCCAUAAUCUUGGUGGUAUUCUUGCCAUUGCUAACAUCAGAGGAGGACAAGAAUAUGGUGAAACAUGGCACAAAGCUGGUAUUUUUGGCAACAAACAGAAUGUAUUUGAUGAUUUUCAGUUUGCAUCUAAAUAUCUGAUUGACCAGAAGUACACUUCACCAAAAAAGCUUACAAUAUGUGGAGGAUCGAAUGGAGGUCUGUUAGUGACAGCAUGCAUCAAUCAAAGGCCGGACUUGUUUGGUUGCGCCAUUUCUCAAGUACCGGUGACAGACAUGCUCAAGUUUCAUAAGUUCACUAUAGGACAUGCAUGGACAACAGAUUUUGGAUGUGCUGACAAGAAAGAAGAAUUUGAAUGGCUCAUCAAAUACUCGCCGCUCCACAACGUCAAAAUACCCGACAAUGGUGCACAGUACCCCGCGGUUUUGUUGCUAACCGCUGACCAUGACGACCGUGUUGUUCCCCUUCAUUCGUUCAAGUACAUUGCAGAACUCCAACAUGUCAUGGGCCACUUAGAAUACCAGAAAAAUCCAUUGUUGAUCAGAAUUGAUACAGAAGCUGGUCAUGGKUUUGGUAAACCAACUGCUAAACUGAUUGAAGAAUAUUCAGAUAUCUUUGCAUUCAUCGCAAGAAAUGUUGGUGCAACAUGGCGUGAUUAACGAUAAAAGUACAACUUGACAACACAACUUGACACAAUAASAAGAAACUAUUGAUCGAUGAAUGUCUGCACUAAUAAASCAACUCGGACGGACUAGAGUUUUCCGGGGGAUAAAUGAGUGACUUUGUGAAAGUCUCAGGGCCAUAACCAGAACGUCUACCGGGGGGUGCACAUCUGAUAAAACCGUACCUUUUUUAUCAGUACAUGCACCCAGUGUACACCCUUGCCUUACGAGCCUUAGCACUAUCUAUAGAUGUAAAACCUGUACUUCGUAGACAGUAUUUGAGAAAAAAUAAAAUAUAUUUAUUCAGUAUAAAA